AUGAGUAACGUCUCUGGAGCUUCUAGUGGGUCAUCAGUUGGUUGUCCAAGAGGGAGAGUUUAUGGAGUGCCAAAAACUUGUUCAUGUGGAGAGAAAAUCGUGGAAUUGAUUUCCAAAUCGAACAACAAUCCGUACCGGCGGUACUAUCGCUGCGGAUAUGCUGUAUCUAAUAAACUUAUGAAUGAUAACCACACAUUCAAGUGGGUGGAUGAGGCUCACUUAGAUGAGAUAGAGGGAUUGAAGAUGAGAAAUGCAAGGCUUGAGAAAAAACUUGAAGCGGUUACCAUUGAGAGGAUGGAGUUUGAGAGGCUUGUGUUUGAGAAAGUGAAAAUGAAGAUUGAAGAGGCUUUGGUUGAAUCAUCACAUACGAGAAAGGAGAUGGUGAUUGGUGCAAUCGUUUUAUGUAUGGUGAUGGUUGGGUUUAGUAAGUUGCUAAGUUAA